UGUUUAGCGACCUACAUGGCUAACUUCAGUGUAGUAAGAUGAAAACUGGGGAAUUAUCGCGCUGUUGCCAAUUCCGUCGCACUCCAUGUUCACGACAAACAACCACGUCAAAGCUAGCUUAGAUGAGACACUUUCAUCAUUUGCUAGGGUCCUGGCCACUGACCCCUGAUAGGUUUGGUAGAAACAUGAGAAUUUAGGUGCAAAGUUUGUCGUUUGUACAUUCCCACGUGUACCUUAACUUAAUGCUCGUAUUGAGGCGCUCUGUCCACGCUCCUAUGCUUUUAACAAUUCAAAGAACUUUCGUCUUUCGGAACCCGCAUUCAAUACCCUCAAUCAUGGGCCUCGACCCCAUCUACCUGAUCAUAAAAUCCUCUAUCACCGGCAGGUCCACAAAGCCCUACUUCAGGAUCGCCGAUACACUACUCCCCGGCUUACCGAAACUAUUUCGGUACAGUCACAACACCAACAAAUACGACGAACUCACCGUUACAGCAAGCCCAAGCGGAGAGGACUGGAUUGUCUUGUUAGAGUACAACAACCAGCCUGGAGAGGAAGUGGAGAUUUACGAGUGGUAUAAAAGCAAAGAGGAAGCCGAGGCAGGGAUUGAGAAGAAGAUGGAGAAUCUCGUCGACGAGGGAAGGCGUACGGGCCAGGUUUUGAGGCCAUCAUGGACCCACGAUAAGGAUACUAAAGAACUUUCCAUGUGCUCUUACCACACCAUGGAGCCUCAGGAUGGAGCGGCGGGCGAGGCGAAAGUGUACUACUGGUGGCAAGUCGUCCAAGUCAACCUUACACUCCGCGAGCAGUACGACAUCAUUGACCAGAAGCAGCAGAAGGAGAGAGCGGCAUAUAUGGCCAAGGCAGAGAGCGUUGCGUUGGAUAUGGCGCGGAGGACGAAAGGAGAGCUGAGUUUGCAUGAGGAAGAGGAUUUGGAAAGGAGGGAGCGAAGUCUGGGCGUUGUAAACUUGACGGAUCAGGAGAGAUUAGGGAUGGAUCCUAUGGGUGAUGAGGAGCGGGAGCGACGCUUCAACGAGCUUCGCAGUAGGGAUGAGGAGGACGGAAGUAGUGUUUACCAGGCCAAAACGGCAGGAUGGGGUAGAAGGUUUGGUCUAUCAAAGGAGCAACAGGAGGAUCCGGAAAUUAUGGGUGUAGAGUAGUGGUUUGAAAGAGGUAUAACCAAGUCAUCUACCUAGUAAAAGAAUGGAAGCUCAGAAUUCCUCCACUGAGUUUGGGUCGAAA